AUGCCUCUCAAAAUUCGUUCCCAAUCCACUCAACCCAUUCCGGGACAAAAGAUGGGUACUUCCGGCCUCCGAGUGAAGGUUAAGCUUGUUGAAAACACACCAAAUUUCCUUGAGAAUUUCACUCAGUCGGUUCUCAAUAUUAUUUUGGCCAAGGAUUCUCUUCCUCAGGCUGCUGCUCACGAGGAUUCAUAUUUACAAAUGGUCAUUGGAGGAGAUGGUCGUUACUACAACAAGACAGCCAUUCAAACCAUUCUCAGAAUCUUGUACUCGAAUGCUGCUCAUCUCGGAAUUAAAAUUCAUGCGUUGAUUGGGCAGAAUGGAAUCAUGUCCACUCCUGCUGUUUCGUGCCUCAUCAGAAAGAGAAAAGCAGAAUUGGGAGGAUUGAUUUUAACUGCUUCACACAAUCCUGGAGGUCCUAACAAUGAUUGGGGAAUCAAGUACAAUGCUGUUAAUGGAGGUCCAGCACCAGAGAAAAUCACCGAUCGAAUUUAUGAACAAACAACAAGUAUUCAUGAAUAUUACACUUGUGAUGAAUUCCCACAGAUUGACUUGUCUCAGGUGAACGCAGAGAAUGGAAAGGGAUUUGUGGAUUAUGUAUUUUCGGAUGAACAUUUCCGUGUCACUGUGGUCGAUUCUGUGAACGAUUACUUUGAGUUGUUAAGCUCAAUAUUUGACAUGGAAAAAAUUAGAAAGCUCAUCGGAAAGCAAUUUGGUGAAUUUAAUUUAUUAUUUGAUGCCAUGCAUGGCGUGACAGGAUCUUAUGCAAAGAGAAUUUUGCAUGAGAAAUUGGGAUCAGAUUUACACAAUGCUCUCAUGAAUUACACUCCCAGUGAAGAUUUCGGAGGAGGCCAUCCAGAUCCAAAUCUUACCUAUGCUGAACAUUUGGUUAAGAGAGUACUAAAGGAUGAGAAGAGUAACAUUGACUUUGGAGCUGCCUCCGAUGGAGACGGAGAUCGUAACAUGAUCUUGGGAAAGCAUUUCUUUGUGACACCUUCUGAUUCAGUGGCUAUCAUUGCUGAUUAUGCUCAGAAAUGCAUUCCUUACUUCCAAAAGAAGGGUAUUGCUGGAUUGGCUCGAUCCAUGCCAACAAGCACUGCUCUUGACCGAGUCGCAAAAGAAUUAGGUGUCUCCAUGUAUGAGGUCCCAACUGGAUGGAAAUACUUUGGUAAUUUAUUUGAUGCAGGAAAAUUGUCUAUUUGUGGCGAAGAAUCAUUUGGAACUGGAAGUGACCACAUUAGAGAAAAGGAUGGCAUGUGGGCUGUAUUGAGCUGGCUUUCAAUUUUAGCCUAUGAGAAUGAACAAGCUUUCUCUCAAAACAAGAAGGUUUCUGUGGCUGACAUUGUUAAAAAUCAUUGGAAGAAGUACGGUAGAAGCUACUAUACCAGAUAUGAUUAUGAGGAAGUGAGUGCCGAUGGAGCAAACAAAAUGAUGUCACACAUGAGGGACACAUACAUUGUUCCAUUCCAAAAUAAUCAACUUUCUGAGGAAGCCAAGAAUUUGUUCCAAACUCUCAAUAUUGCUUCAUGUGAAGAAUUCUCUUAUAAGGAUCCAAUUGAUAACAGUUUUACAGGAAAGCAAGGAAUGAUUUUCAAAUUGGUCGAUCAAAGUAGAAUCGUUUUCAGAUUAUCUGGAACUGGAAGUGCAGGAGCUACCAUCAGAGUUUACAUGGAAAAGUAUAGCUCUGACCAUUUAGAUGGAAAUCCAUUGGAGGAAGUGAAGCCACUUGCUCAUGUUGCUCUCACGGUCAGCAAAUUGAAUGAGUUUACUGGAAGAAAUGAACCAACAGUUAUCACUUAA